AUGUUCAUUUUCUGUAUCUGUGUGUUCCUAAUCAGAGUAUGUUGGGUUCUAUAUUCAAAGUUGCCGAUUCUUCCAAGAACGAAAUCUUGCAAGACCAUGAUCAUAUUGGGCUCAGGCGGUCACACUGGGGAGAUGGUUCAAUUAAUCAAGGGUCUCAAUCCAAUACGUUACAAUCCACGGAUCUAUGUUGUAUCUGAAGAGGACCAGCUGAGCUGCACAAAAGCAAAGGAGCACGAAAUGAAUAUAAAGAGCGAAUUUCCCUGUGAUAUACGUACCAUUCCUCGCGCAAGAAGAGUAGGCCAAUCAUGGUCUACUGUACCAUGGAGUGUAUUUCGUACCCUGUUAGCUUCCCUCAAGAUGAUUCUUCUGUCUCCUCCUGAUGUUAUUAUAUGUAAUGGUCCUGGUAGUUGUGUACCUGUUUGUAUGGUGGCAUACAUACCUAGAAUUUUGGGUAUAAAGCCAAUACGGAUUGUCUAUGUAGAAUCUCUUGCUCGUGUCAAGACGUUGUCUUUGACUGGAAAAAUUUUGUACUUCUUUGCUGAUCGUUUUAUCGUUCAAUGGCCAAACUUAAUUCAACGUUAUCCAAGAGCAGAAUACAAAGGCAUCUUGGUUUAACUUUUUCAUUUGUUU